CUUUGACAGUCCAGUGGAUCCCAAUGUUGACGUUUCCUUAAGAGACGUGGCCGAGAUCAUCUGUUCCGGUGGUAUAAAGAUAUUUAAUGUAAAUUUCAUGAACAAAUACUGAUGUUAUAAGUGCAAAACAGAUGGCUACUUAUCAAACAUAUCAAGAUUUCAUCCAGCAAAAUGAAGAUAGGGAUGGCAUUCGUUUUACUUGGAACGUGUGGCCUUCUAGCAGAUUAGAGGCUACCAGGCUUGUGGUACCAUUAGCUUGUUUAUAUACUCCACUGAAGGAACGACCAGAUCUUCCUUUCAUUCAGUAUGAACCAGUAGUCUGCAGUAGACAAACCUGCCGUGCAGUGUUAAAUCCUCUAUGCCAAGUAGAUUACAGAGCAAAGUUAUGGGUCUGCAAUUUUUGUUUCCAACGAAAUCAGUUUCCACCUCAGUAUGCUUCGAUAUCAGAACAUCACCAGCCAGCAGAGCUCAUACCUCAGUUUUCUACCAUAGAAUACACUAUUACUAGACAGCCUUGUUUACCACCAAUAUUUCUUUACGUUGUUGAUACUUGUGUUGACGAGGAAGAAUUAGUUGAAUUAAAGGAAUCUUUACAAAUGUCACUUUCAUUACUGCCCCCUAAUACAUUAAUAGGCCUUAUCACUUUUGGACGCAUGGUCCAAGUUCAUGAGCUGGGUUGUGAAGGUAUAUCUAAAAGCUAUGUUUUCCGAGGUACCAAAGAUUUGAGUGGAAAGCAAAUACAGGACAUGUUGGGAAUUGGAAAAUUCUCUCAAAUGCAACAGCCAGGUGUACCUCAGCAAGCCCGAGGACCUCCUGGUCAAACAGUCCCUCCAGCCAACAGAUUUUUGCAACCUGUUCACAAAUGUGAUAUGAGUUUGACUGAUUUAUUAGAGGAAUUGCAAAGAGAUCCUUGGCCAGUAUCGCAAGGGAAAAGACCAUUAAGAUCCACUGGUGUUGCUCUUUCAAUCGCUGUUGGACUUCUAGAAUGUACAUAUCCAACAACAGGAGCCCGCAUCAUGCUUUUUGUUGGAGGACCUUGUACUCAAGGGCCUGGAGCUGUAGUUGGUGAUGAAUUAAAAUCAACUAUUCGAUCUCAUCAUGACAUCGAGAAAGAUAAUGCAAAGCAUAUGAAGAAAGCAAUCAAGCAUUAUGAAAAUUUAGCUGGAAGAGCUGCUGCUAAUGGUCACAUUGUUGAUAUUUAUUCUUGUGCUCUUGAUCAGACUGGCCUUCAUGAAAUGAAAUAUUGUCCUAAUUUCACUGGAGGCCAUAUUGUCAUGGGGGAUUCAUUUAAUUCAUCACUUUUUAAGCAAACUUUUCAACGUGUGUUUUCUAAAGAUCCAAAGGGAGAAUUUAAGAUGGCGUUCGGAGCUUCUUUGGAAGUAAAAACAUCCCGUGAGUUAAAAGUGUCAGGUGCAAUAGGAUCUUGUGUGUCAUUGAAUAGUAAAAGCAAUAGUGUAUCUGAUACUGAAGUUGGAAUUGGUGGCACUAGUCAGUGGAAAUUUUGUGGAUUAAAUCCUGGAAAUACGGUUGGAAUUUUUUUUGAAAUUGUUAAUCAGCACAACGCUCCAAUCCCUCAAGGAGGAAGAGGAUGCAUACAACUUAUAACACAAUAUCAACAUUCUAGUGGUCAAAGAAAAAUACGAGUAACUACUAUAGCAAGAAACUGGGCUGAUGCCUCCUCUAAUAUUCAUCAUAUUUCUGCUGGAUUUGAUCAAGAAGCUGCUGCAGUUCUUAUGGCGAGACUUGCUUGUUUUAGAGCAGAAGGAGAUGAUGGGGCAGAUGUUCUUAGAUGGCUGGAUAGAACUUUGAUAAGAUUGUGCCAAAAGUUUGGAGAAUUCAAUAAAGAUGACCCAUCCUCAUUUAGAUUUUCUGAGAACUUUUCCUUGUAUCCUCAAUUUAUGUUUCAUCUUAGGAGGUCUCAAUUUUUACAAGUCUUCAACAACAGUCCUGAUGAAACUUCUUAUUAUAGGCAUAUGUUAAAUAGAGAAGAUUUAACAAAUUCUUUAAUUAUGAUUCAGCCCAUCGUUUAUGCAUAUUCUUUUAAUGGCCCUCCUGAGCCUGUUCUCUUAGAUACAAGUAGCAUCCAAUCUGAUCGCAUUCUUCUAAUGGAUACUUUCUUCCAUAUCGUGAUAUUUCAUGGUGAAACUAUUGCGCAGUGGAGGAAAGCUGGUUUCCAGAACUCACCAGAGCAUGAAAACUUUAGGCAGCUCUUACAGGCACCAGUAGAUGAUGCUCAAGAAAUUCUUCAAACUAGAUUCCCAAUGCCUCGCUACAUUGACUGUGACCAAGGAGGUUCACAGGCUCGAUUUUUGCUUUCAAAAGUUAAUCCUUCUAUAACCCACAAUAAUAUGUACAGUUGGGGACAGAUGCCAUCAAAUGCAACGGAUGGAUCUGGUGCUCCUGUACUAACAGAUGAUGUGAGUCUUCAAGUUUUUAUGGAUCAUUUGAAAAAACUUGCCGUUUCUAGUUCUGCAUAAGCUAUCAAACAAGUCUUCAAAAAUUGUAUGAGAGUACUGUUAAUCAAUAAGACUAUGGGUGAAGCAGGCGAACAAUUCUUCAUUAGUGCAACAAAUCAUUUUUUAUAGAAAAUAUUCCCUUUUAUGCAAGAUUGGUGUGGAGAGAAGAACGCUUCGAAGUUGACUGUUGUGAGAAGUUGCUUCUCAUUUAUCACUUCACUUCAUUUCAAAGUUUCAUUAAAAAUUUUGUUUAUCUUGUAAGUUAUUUUAAUCAUAAUUAUGAAAAACUAAAAAGAAAAUAAUUUUCUCAUCCUCUGAUAGCUUCAAUAAUUGGAACUGUAAUGACAUUAGCUUCCUUUUUUUACACAAAAUUUUGACUUUUAAAGAAAGUGUAUUGGUUUUUGAAUGUUGAUUUAGAAUAAAUAUAUUUUUAUUUCA